AACUUUCUUCCAUUUUCUCCGUCAGUCAUUCGAACCAGUAAUACCAAAAUUGUUCCGAGACAACACAAAUUGCUCAUUUAUUUAUGAGGGCUCUAAAGCAACUAUACAACUUUGGAGACAUCCAAAAAAAGAUUCAUCGGCAUCACACCACACCUCUUAGCAACAGGACAACAAAGCAAAAAAACGAGAAAAAAGAAAGAAAAAAAACGAGAGAGCAACAAUUUUUAGUUGCUUUUUUGUUAUAUCCCCACUCACAAAAACGACAUAAGAUGCCUCAUAGAUUAUUACUGUACUGUAUUGUUAUAUUACUGGAAGUGAAUUUAGUGAUAGGAUGCAUUUGGCCUGAAGUAGAUGCUCUCUUCAUUUUAGAUUCAACACCACAAAUAACAUCCUUCCAGCAUCGCGCGGAGAUUGACUUUUUGAGACAGGUAAUGUCCACUAUGAAAAUGGGAUCUUCGAAAGUCGCAAUGGCUCAGUUUACACCUUGGUCUAGAAUUGAGUGGAGUCUUGCUAACUCGACAUACCCAGAAUCAAAAGUUCAAGAAGCACCAUAUUGUCCAUGUGAAUUAGAAACUUGUCCAACUACGAGUAUAAAUGCAUUAACAAGAUCUACAAUGAAUACAGCAAAUAGGAAAUCAGUUCCAGACGUGAUUCUGGUCAUUUCUAACAGUUAUCAGCCAUUGAUAGAAGUGCUUCCAAACGAGCCACUCAUCUCGCCUACGUCACCACUCCAUGUUUUUUACGUGGUUAUCGGCUCAAAUAUGCAUGUUUCUCGAUUUGAACCAUCGGCGCACACAGUUGGAAUCAAAGUCACAGAUUUUGAACAUCUUCCUCAUUUGGUUGCUCCAUUGUGCCAGAGUGUGAAUGCUUAUAUUAAAGGCUCUUCAUCUACUCGAUUCGGUCCACUCUGUUGGAUUAUUAUUGCUUCUAUUUUAUUUUUUGCUAUUAUCCUGACAGCUCUAUUGGCCUACGCAAUUUACAGCUACCACGAAGAGAAUCGCCGCUUGCGUCACCGAGUAACAGAGUCGGAGAGGCAACUUCGGAAACAAAACGAAUAUUUCACUUCUCAACUUCAUACCGAGAUGCAGAAACAGAUAACAUAUGGAGAAAAGCACGCGGAGGAGAUGAAGAAGCAACAGGAUAUGAUGCAAGCUCAGUUCGAUCGUCAGCUAGAUAUGGCCUACCAGCAAGGAUCCAAAAUUCAAAUUUUACCGCCAUUCAAUCAAAAUCCACAUUUCCACGAUCAUUCGGAGCAUACAGGAAAGGAAAGAGGACGAGGAAAAGAGCACAGAAGAGACUCCGGUAUUGCGUCACCAAGAACUCCGAGAGAUGUAGAGAUUCAGGUGACUCCUAUUCCAAGUCCUGUGCAUAAUGGAAGUGAUGGGAAAGAUGAUGCAACUUCUUCUGGAACACCAGAAAGUAUUGAAAGUUCGGGCAGUGAUGUCACUGAAACGACUGAAGAUGAUUUGGAAGAGUUGAAUCGAAGAACACACUUACCAAGAGACCAUCCAGCAAGAAAGCUUCUUCCAAUUGACUUGAUGUUCUUAGUGGAUACUUCAAGCAGUAUAGGGAUAAACAACUUUGAUAUUCAAAAGAACUUCAUUUGUGAAAUACUGAAAGAUGUUGAUAUUGCUCCCGGAAGAUCUAGAAUAGCAAUGAUUCAAUAUUCUCAAGAUCCGAGUGUCGUAUUCGGCUUCGAUCAAUACUAUUCGUAUGAAAGUGUUCGUCGAGGCGUGAUGAGACUUUCCUAUACCGGAGGAGCAACAAUGCUAUCGAAGGCGUUGGCUUUUGCGGGUGGAAUAAUGUAUCAUGAGCAGAACUUGAAGAAGACCACGAAAAAGCAUCAGUACUUACCAACUCCCAAACAUGACAGACUUCAGGUGCUCUGCCUCGUUUCGGACGGCUAUUCGGAUGAUAAUGCUGAUAAAGAAAGUGUGAAUCUUCAUGAUCAUCUUCAUGUAAAGAUCUUCGCAGUGGUAACCAGAUCAUUCAAUAAAGACAAGCUGGCACCAAUCACGAGGUUCGACGGAAGUGUGUUCACCGUGCACCAGAGAGAAAGUGUUGCAAUUUGGCUGUGGAGGCAGCAAAGAAUAUGGGCCGAACAUUAUAGCGCUUUCAUUGAAAAAGAAAAGAAAAGAGGUUCAAGGAGAUAAGAUUUAACUUGAUGCGGUUUUCAAAAAAGAUUGUCUUUCAUUAUAAUAAUUCACUCAAUAAACU